CAUGGAGAGGGCGCUGAGCCUGGCGGCCGAGGAGGACUUGUUCCACAAGAGCCUGGGCGCGGCGACCAAGAGGAUGGAGUCCGCCUUCCGCUCGCCCCCCGGGCUGGAGCUGGCCGCCCACCCGCCGCCGCCGCCGCGCCAGCCGCCCUCGCCGCUGGGCUGCUACGAGGCGGCCGAGUCGGAGGCGGCGGCGCUGCUGCGGGAAGGCGGCGGGGCGCUGGGGGCCGGCGAGGCGCUGGGCGUCCCCUUCGGGCCGGGCCGCGGCUCGGCGGCGGAGAGCAGCGGCGGCGAGCAGAGCCCCGACGACGACAGCGACGGGCGCUGCGAGCUGCUGCUGCGGGGGCCGGGGGGCGCGGGCGGCGGCGCGGGGGGCGCCCUCCUCAAGGCCCCCGAGGGCGGCGGCGGCGGCGGGGGGGGCGCGCACGGCGUCGGGGGCCCCAAGAAGUCCAAGGAGCAGAAGGCGCUGCGCCUCAACAUCAACGCCCGCGAGCGGCGGCGCAUGCACGACCUCAACGACGCGCUGGACGAGCUGCGGGCCGUCAUCCCCUACGCGCACAGCCCGUCGGUGCGCAAGCUCUCCAAGAUCGCCACGCUGCUGCUGGCCAAGAACUACAUCCUCAUGCAGGCGCAGGCCCUCGACGAGAUGCGCCGCCUCGUCGCCUAUCUCAACCAGGGCCAGGCCGUCUCCGCCGCCUCCCUGCCCGGCUCGGCGGCCGCGGCGGCGGCGGCGGCGGCGGCCGCGGCCCUCCACCCGGCCCUGGGGGCCUACGAGCAGGCGGCCGCCGCCUACCCCUUCAGCGCCGGCCUGCCGCCCGCCACCUCGUGCCCGGAGAAAUGUGCCCUCUUCAACAGCGUCUCGUCCAGCCUCUGCAAACAGUGCACGGAGAAGCCUUAG